CAGGAGGAGCCGUGAGCUUGAGCUGCACGCAGCGACCCGCGCGGCAAAGCAGAAAGCCAGCGGAAACAGUGCCUAGAGUGGCAGCGGCAGCGGCGUCACAGACAGCCCAGGCGACCCCAGGCAGCCCGGGCGGUCCAAGCAGCCUAAAAGGAAGCCUUUGAGACUCCAGCUGCUCCGCGGACUGCGAGCUGUGGCGGCAGAGCCCCGCUACAGCGAUCGCAGUCUCCGUGGAGCGAGCAGAAGGUUUUUUUUUGUUUACCUACCACCUCAUUUCUACUCUAGUGGCGUUGACAACAAGUUCUCCGUGGGGGAUACAAAAAACACCCUAGUGCAAUCCUGCCUGGUAUGGACUUGUUGUCCGGGACGUAUAUAUUUGCGGUUCUGUUAGCAUGCGUCGUGUUUCAGUCUGGCGCCCAGGAGAAGAACUACACCAUUCGGGAAGAAAUGCCAGAAAACGUCCUCAUAGGCGACUUGCUGAAAGACCUCAACUUGUCGCUAAUUCCAGACAAGUCUUUAACAACUCCUAUGCAGUUCAAGUUGGUAUACAAGACUGGAGAUGUGCCACUGAUUCGAAUUGAAGAGGGCACAGGUGAGAUCUUCACUACUGGAGCUCGCAUUGAUCGUGAGAAAUUGUGUGCUGGCAUCAUAGUGGACACCCGCUGCUUUUAUGAAGUGGAGGUUGCCGUUCUGCCGGAUGAAAUAUUUAGAUUGGUGAAAAUACGUUUUCUGAUAGAAGACAUAAAUGAUAAUGCACCAUUAUUCCCUGCAACAGUUAUCAAUAUAUCAAUUCCAGAGAACUCCGCUAUAAACUCUCGAUAUGCUCUCCCAGCGGCCAUUGAUCCAGACACAGGAAUAAACGGAGUUCAAAACUACCAACUAAUUAAGGAGUCAGACAAGGAGCUCAGCACUGCUGCUUACAAAUUAAUAACUUACCCAACAUCUUACUUUUAA